AUGUCGGUGUCAAUGUUUGCCAGCUCUGCGCUCGGCAGCAUUUCAAGCGAGCUCAAGGGAAAUAAAAAAGAAACCGUCAAAUCCGUCUUCUCAGCAUGCUCUUCGCGAACACAUGCGACGCUGCACAUGAACCAGUCGGAAACAUGCGCCACCGUCGGCUGCAAACUCGGCGAGGAUUACAGACUCGCCGAUUAUUACUACAUCAAAUCGUUUUGCUUUGGCUCCAUGACAGAUUACGUGGUUGACCCUCGCACUGGGCGAAUAGACGAAGAUACUUACUAUCCCCUCUAUCGCUACAAACUCUACCCUUACGUACUUUUCGCUUGCUCUUGUCUCGGUUCUUGCGCCACUAUGCUUUGGACGAUCUCCUCUUCCAAAAUCUCAAUGCAUCUGGAAUACGUCAUUGAUGGCAUCGAGGAAGCUGUAGGCGAGCUCAUGCAAGGCAUUCAAAUGACUAAAAAAUUCAAAGAAGCAACUGGCCCAUGCGCGGACGACAAAGAAACUCAAACAGACGAUGGCAAAGACGAGAAAGGCGAAAAGGGCUAUAUGAAGAUCGAGACAGAAGAUGACGAAGAAGGUCUUCUGGAGGAGAUCAAGAAGAUCUGGGAGAGUGAUGAAAGCUACGAGAAAUUUCACGAGCUCAAGAAAGUACUUUUGGAAACUCAUGCGAACCGAGACGACCUAGGGACCGUCAAGACUGUAAUCUUCAACAGGAUAAUGACCUUGCUAAUCUGCGCGUUAAGCGCUCUCAUCAUCUUUUACCUCUACGUUUGGGACGUCAAGUCAAUCGACAAUCGUGACCUUAGUUACGAGUGGAAUUGUCGGCUUCCUCCAGCAUAUCAUUUUACUGAUGCUGAUGGACAUGUCUGGGAAACAACGUACUGUAUCUACACAAGUCGUGCCAGUCGAGAAGUGCUGACAAUCAUUCUCUUCACUCUUUACAUUAUUCUUUUCAUCGGAGAAGUCUGCUGGUGCCUAUCGAAUAUCAGGACGUGGAAACAGUGUUUUGGUCUAGUUGAGUUCUUGCCCUUUGAAUCUGACUUCGGAAAAUCACUGCCAUCAGAUCAUUUCCGUUACGGAGUGUCUGAUCUGCACUUGCUGAUGUCUUUAGUCCAGGCGAAUGAAGCAAGCCGGGAUAAAAUCAUGCUGCCAAUGAAAGUGAUGAGCAUCCUGCCUCCACAGCUGCAAGGCAAGGCGAAGGCUGAAACAUUCUUGUCGAUCUUCUUGGAGACGCUCGUCUGGUCGGCAACGGACGAGGGAGUCGACGAUCUCGUCAAAAACAUGCCCGAGUUCCACUCGAUUUACAUUCUCUGGACGACGAUAAUCAAUAAGUGCUCGCGCUGGGACUUCGUUCGCCCAGUCGAGGUCGACUACUCAGAUUUCGAAGGCAUCGACGAGCCAGAGAGCCUCUCCGAUUGCUACAACUUCUACUUCUACCACGAUUCCGGCGCCAAGAUGACCAUAGCCGAAUGCAAAGACCUUGUCAACGAGAAACUCUUCCCGACGCAGAAAACGACCUCAACAAAGAAAACAACUUCAACUACGACUACUCGCAAAACAACGACAACAACUCAAAAAUCAACAGCAUCAACAACUACAACGACCAAAAUAACAACAACAACUCGAUCAGUGCCUUCCACUACUCAAAAAUCGAUUCCGACAACGACAAAGUUUUCCAAGUUUACGAAACUGAUAACGACUAGGAAAACUACAACGACAGUCAAAGAAAUCCAGCAGCCAGAAAUAAGAUUGCCAGUUGAGGUUGAAACAGAAAAAACGACACCAAAAACGAAUAAAUCGACAACGACAACGAAGACUACAUCAACUACCACAACAAUGACGACUAAGCGUGUUUCGCGUAAAAAACCUAGUUCGCAUUCAAUCUCAAGUCCAUCGCCAGUCCCACCCGUGAAAGACUUUCACGAAGCCGGCGUUCCUAAAGAUUUUGAACCGCUCCCCGGUCCGCUCGAUUUCGACUUUGGAAACCUGAUUGUUGUAUCACCUGUCAUCCCGAAAGUAGAGGCGCCAGAUGAAAACUCUGUGGUAAUCACUAUUCAGCGAACCCAGCCAGCAGAAUGCUCUUUAAAAUGCGGCCAUGGGGGAAAAUGCGUCAAAGUAGACGGAAAAGAGUACUGCGAGUGUCCUGAGGGUCGGAGCUUCGCGCUUGCUUCGCCCUUAGGCAAGUGCGUGAAAAACUUGAAAAAGUACUGCAAGCGUGGUAAAUACUCGACCCAGAGUGUAGAAGGGAUCUCUGGCGAACAGCACACUUGUGAGUGCGGAGAAUCGCGACGAUUCAAUCUCGCUACUUUUACCUGUGAGAAUAGAGCGAACGGCCAAAAUGUUCGGAAAGCUGCUCGGGGAGAGAUCCAGUGCGCAUGUAUGCUCCUUGUUGUUGGCAGCUGGACAAGUGGAUACGAAGCAGCAAGUGGAAAGGGAGGACGCUCUCUCUUUGGGGGCCCUGGUCUGAUUGCGAUCCUCAAACUUGCACAAAAACCAGAAGCCGAACUUGUCUGCUGCCAGAAGGAAGAUGCAACCGACCCUUGA